GCAUACCGAAACAGUUGAGUGACCAACGAUAUGAAAUUGAUCUCUUGGCUGCUUGUUUCUCUGGAGCUGCUGCUUUUGCUAAGAGCGCUCAAUGCAAGACAAUGUGUUACUCCAACCAUAGAGCCCACUGACACAACUGAUGAUGAGCCUACCGAUGAUCCUGAGAGUUCCACACAAGUAACAACAACAGAUUUACCAGACACUAGCAAAACAACUGGAGCCGCAAAUCCAACCACACCAAGACAAAGCACGGCAACUUCUCCAGCGUCUGAUGCCACAACGAAUGAGAGCAUUGGAACAACAAAAGCUUCCACAUUGAAGCCAACCACAAGUGUGACGCCCUUGAUACCGUCGGAGGCAACUACAACUGCAGACGUUGAAACAACCAAAGCCUCCACAUUGAAGCCAGCCUCAAGUGUGGCACCAAUAAUACCGUCGGAGGCAACAACAAAUUCAGGCGCUGAUACAACCAAAGCGCCCACAUUGAAACCAACCACUCUGUCAAUUGAAUCCACAACAGGAGCAAAUGUGGAUACCGAUGUUAUGUGUCGGAAUCAUCCUGGCGUAGAGUUUCUACCCCAUCCCUAUAAUUGCCAUCAGUUUAUACACUGCGAUGGUGACAAUGGUUAUAUAAAGAGUUGUCCCGACAAUCUCUACUGGGACUCUAGGACACAAAAAUGUGGUUACACUUGUGCCUAGGCGAAUAAAAUCGAACAUUAUUU